CUCUACAUCGCAUCUCUCUCUCUCUCUCUCUCUCUCUCUGUCUCUCCCUCUCCCUUGCUUGGUCUCGCAGUGAGCAUCAAGGUGGAAUAGCGAGACCACCGAUCACAGUAGUCCUUGACUCGAGUGGUGAUGGGGACGACGAACAUCGGGAUGUUUUCUUCUGGGCGCCAUCGUCUUCCGUCUUCCCCCCCGCCGCCACCGAAUCACCAUGCUGCGCUUAAAUGUGCUCAUCGGUGAGUGCCAUCACCUCCUUACUCACUGACCGGGCGAAGGGGCACAGCUGCAAACAAGCAGUGUCGCCGAGGGGGGCUCCAAUUCGGAAGGGUUCCCCCCAACAAUCAUACAUGUACGAUACGAUGCACAUUGCGUCGUUACAAAGCUACAGAUAUAGUCUGGUCUACUGAUUGGGUGGCCUUCCUGGGUCUUACGAUGUACAGAUUGCCUAGAUGAUGACGGUAUUGGGGGGGCUCGCGAGACUUUAGUACUUUUGACUUUCACUACCUGUACGAUGUACUUCUUCACUUCUUCACUUUUGAACUACCUUGCAAACAGACUUUUGGCAUAAGAGUGAAUUGUCCAAGAGUUUCCCAGCCCCAAAACCAUGGAUGGUAGCCUCUGUCUGUCCACGAUUUAUGGUCUUCUUCAUCCGAACUAGUUGAAGAGUCAAAAAGGGUUCAAAAGCCAAUACCUGUACAUACAGGUUACGCCAUCUUCACCCGCACGCACGCCCCAUCAAACCGGUGAAGCUAUUCUGGUCCUCAUCCCCAUCUCGCUCGUACCUGCGCCACGCCCGCCGCCGCCAGGUCUGCAAAGCCUGCAGCAACAGAGCUUGAACCAUCAUUACCCCCCUGUCAGUUCCCACCCCCACCGGACUGGCUAUCCAUACCUUGUCGUUGCCGUGGAACAUCGUAGUGAAGCCCUCUCUUCAACGGCGCGCGCUGAUGCUGAUCAUCCCGACCCCACGCAAGGACUCCCACGAGUCGUAUCCCGCAAAGCUCAUAGGAGCCAAGCAUCUGUUCUCCUUCUUUCCCCGGCCGUCCAGAACUUAACCUUUUUGUUCUCCUUUUGUGUGUCGUGUCUCUGCGGGAUCAUGAACCUUUCUUUGCUCAUGACGGACAGACCACGAAAGCGAGCGCACAAGACGAGAGAAGCCCGCGUCGCCUCCAUCUCUUUUUUCUCCUUCUCCUCCUCCUCCUCCGCCUCCAUCUCCCCCGCCCAACCAUGGCCCUAAUCCGGUCCCUCUUCCGCCAAGCGCACGCCGCUGCCGCCGCUGCCGGGCCCGCCGCCGGUCUCGUCCCAUGUCUCGCCGCGCUCGGACUGGUGCUUCUCCAAGCCGGCGCCGCCGUCAGCGUGUGGAACGCUCGGCAGCGAGGCCAGUUCGACUUCUCGCCGUCGUCGGGCCUGGCGCUGUCCGAGCUACUCCGGUUCGUAGUCGCGACGCUGCUGCUGAGGCGCGCCAUCCGCCGACGGGCCGCGAGCGCCGAGUAUGCGUCGCUGGACGAUCGAUCGGACGACCUGGAGCUGGAUCUUGGCGCCGAGGAUGACGGCCGGUCGUCGAGCGAGUUCACCGCCGUCGAGAAGUACAUUCGGGCCUCGACGGUGCAGGUCGGCAGCGUGAGGGCCUUCUGGCGGUAUGUCUGGGGAGACGUCGACGUCAGGUUCGGUCUAUUGAGGAUCGCUUUGCUGCAGAUGCUCAGCAAUAACUUGAUGUUCCUCAACUAUCUGGUAACCGACCCGGGCACCGUCCAUCUCACCAAGAGCGGAAUCGCCGUCGCCGCCGCCCUCGUCACCACGCCCGCCUUUGGUCUCAAGGGCCCCAAGACCCGCUGGAUGGCCUUUUUGAUACAGACUUCCGGCCUCGUCAUCUCCCAGUUCAUGCCGCAGCAUCGCACGCGGGCCUCGACCUACCGCCUGUCCCUCUACACGGGCCUCGUCGGCCAGGCGAGCUUCGGCGCCCUGUCCGACAUAUACAGCGAGAGGCUCCUGAAGGGCACCGACCUCGGCGUCAACGGCGUCAACGUGGUGUUGGGCGCGCUCGGCGCGGUGCUGAACCUCCUCGUGCACGCGCUUGUUCGAUACUAUAACAUAUACGAGCCCGCCUUCUUUGACGGGUACGGCGGCAAGGGAGUCCUGGUGGUGGUCAUGAUGGCCAUUACGGCUUUUGUGAGCACCGUCGCAUACAAGAAAGCCGAUACCUGGGUAAGAUGGUUCACGAACGAUGCCACGGGCAUGAUUCUUCUGCUCGUGUCAGCUCGAUGCUUCUCGGCGCAGUACAGCCACUUCCUCAUCCCCGGAUCGGCGCUCAUAUACAUCGCCUCCCUGGCGUACAUGAAGUACGCACCCAUCAAGGACCACGGCGCAUCCCCCACGGACUACAGGACACACGAAUUUCCUUCCCCGCCCGAGUCCAAGAAGAAGCUUAAGCUCAGUCUCCUCACCCUCGCCGGCUUCCUCGGCGCCGGCAUCGUCCCCUUCGCCACGCUCGCCGACCCCCCGCACACCCCCGAGUACCGGCUCGUCAUGCGCGACGAUACGGACGGCCACUGUCUCACGCCUCCGGCCAGCAUCGUCCCGCCCUUCACGGAGAAGCAGGAGCCCUACCAGAUCAGGACGGGGCCCGGCAACCUCACGGCGUCGCCCUUCAGCAACACGCUCGCCAUGAUCCGGUGGAACGCCAAGCGCAUGGAGCGCGUGCCGCUGCUGCAGAAGUACAAGCCCUUCUUCCACACCGUGCACAUCUCCAUGCCCGACAUGAUGGAGGACCAGCCGGAAGACUACCACAACCUCACGCACUCGCAGUACCCGCACCACGAGACGGUCUACAUGCAGGUGGCCCACACGAUGCGCCUCCUCCUCGACGAGCACCCGGACGUCGAGGGCCUGCUCUACUUCCACUUCGACUCGUGGAUCGACCCCUUGGCCUGGGUCGACGAGAACCGCCAGUCCAUCUGGUACCCGACCUCGCAGAACACCCGCCAGUUCGCCGGCGACGGCCCGCGCUACAUGUGCAUGACGGACACGCAGGCCUACCCGGACUGGUGGCGGUGGAGCCACAAGUGGAACGAGCGGGCCGUCACCGCCAACGGCGAGAUCCUCCGCAUGGGCCGCGGGUACACGGUCGACGAGGACGAGUUCUGCGUGGGCUGGUCCGACAUCUUCUACGUGCCGCGCCGCUUCUUCGCCGACUUCAUCUUCCUGUCGUACGUCUACGGCUGCGCCGACCUGUUCCACGAGGUCGCCAUCCCCACCAUGCUCAACGUCAUCGACCGCAGCCGCCGCAGCGAGGGCGCCCGGUUCCAGUCCGUCAUCGACCGCAUCGGGGACUGCUGGGGCGGCUGCUGCGACGACUCGGCCACGGCCCACGACGUCAGGUGGACGCGGUGCGGACACCGCCUGAGCUACCUGAACCAGGAGGUCGUCGACGCGCACUACAGCCGCCUGGACGAGCAGACGGCGUGGCUCGCCCAGACCGAGAGGGCGAAAAGCGGGAAAUGAAAGGGCGUUUUUCUUUCCUCUUCUUUCUUCGUUUUGGGGGUUUUUGGAUUUCGGGGUUUGGGAAACGGAGCAUUAGACGGGGCUGAUGUUUGUUUGUUUGAUCAUGUUUCUUCUGGAGGGUUGUAUUAGUAUCCAUCGGUUCUGGGGCGUUGGACCUUUUGGCACAAGUUGCACAUCAUGAUCAGAUGUUGGAGUCGGGUCUUGCCUUUGUCUGACGGUCUUACUCGUGACCAUCAGAUCUUCAUAUUGUUGCCAUGCAACUACAAAGUAUUCUUGCUUGAAAGCUUCUAAAAAGAAUAGAUCCUGGCAAGAGUCCACAAAACACAAGUUAAAUAUCAUGGUG